AUGACCUCCUUCGUCAAGUCUCUCGCGGGCCUGCUUGGCAUCAAACCGCGGGCCCCUCAAACCCCUCGCCCGGAUGAGGAGCAGGCCACGACGACAGCAGCCGAGUCGUCCGUCUUCGGUUCCACGCUCCCGCCUGCUAGCCAUACCCUCUCCACCGCUGGCACUUCCCAACGCGUGCCCAGCGACGAUUCUCUGCAGCUCUUCCGCCUAACGCUGGGCAUUACGUCGGCGCCGCACCUCGGCUUCCACAUCUCGGCGCACCGCUCCGCCGACAAUGUCGGGCUCUACUCCCGCGUCGUGCGCGGCGAGCAGACGGCCAAGGACAGCUACAAGGUGUUCUCCAUCAUCAUCAACGCCUGCUACUUCCUGCAAAUCAUCGUGGCCGCGUCCCUGACCGCCCUCGGCGCGGCCAACGCCAACAACAAAGCCAUCACUGCCUUUGGCGCCAUCAACACCGUCAUCGCCGGCUUCCUAACCUACCUCAAGGGCUCCGGCUACCCGGCCCGUUUCAAGUACAUGGCCGGCGAGUGGAAGAAGGUCCGCGAGUACAUCGAGCACCGCGAACGCGACUUCUCGCUCGAGCACUGCACCCUCGACGUGCAAGAGGAAAUCGAAAAGAUCCGGCACAUGUACGAAACCACCAAACACGACAUCGAAGUCAACAACCCAGAGGCCUUCAACGCCAAGACCAGCAGCAACGGCCGGAUGGAGGGCGUCCGCUACGACGGCGUCGACCAAAAGAAAGCCGAGGCCAUCGCCGCCAAACUCCACGGUCUCGACGGCACCAUCAAGCGCCUCACCGGACAAGCCAACACCGCCGCCGCGGGUGUCGAGAACAAGUCCAACGACGUCCACGCCAAGAUCCGCAACCUCGAAGACUCCCUCGACCGGAUGUCCAAGCACAUCGAGAAGUCUGCCUUGGACGGCCAGGACGCGGCGGCCCAGUCGGGUAUGCACGCGGCCAUCGAAGAGGGCGAGCGUCGCGCCCUGACGGAGUUCCGUGGCCUGGGGCGGGCGGCGACCCGCGGGUUUGAGGAGAAUCGUCCGCGGGUACCGCACCAGGUGUCGAUUACGGUGGCGGGUGGGCAUGAUGAGGAAGGGGGUGGGAGUGAGGGGGUGAAGAAAUGA